CAAUCCAUGUCAUCGCCUUUCUGCUUCUUUUUCCCUCAAGAUAUAUCCUUUGACUCCUCUUAGAUCAGAGCGUCGAGUUGAGAAUCCCCAUAUCUCUGUCUCAAAGGGUUUGGAUCUUGCAGGGUUCAUUUCUUGACAGCCGACUCCAUGGGACAAGACAAGACCGGCUCUUUGUCUCCCCCGCGCCGAGUUAUGUUCUUCAGUAUUGUCCUGACGCUCCUUCCGUUCCGCGCCGUAGCUCAGGCGGACAGAUACGAGUUUCCACCGCGUUUCUUCUGCUUAAGCCGCGGAGGAAACUUCACUGCAAACAGCACUUUUGCCGCCAACCUGAACCAUCUCGUCCCGUCCUUGUCUUCGCUUUCUCCGAGCCCUUACGGCUUCUAUAACGUCUCUGUCGGUAACCCGUCUGAAGAAAGUGCGAACGCUAUUGCUCUCUGCAGAAGAGAAGUCAGAAGAGAAGAUUGCCUCAGUUGUGUUCAGAAGGCAGCAAGAACACUGACAGAGCAGUGUCCGUGGAGGAAAGAGGCGGUGAUUUGGUACACGCACUGUAUGUUCCGUUACUCUAACGCAUCCUCGCUUGGAUUUUCAGUGAGAACCCCUAACUUCGCGUUUAUUAGCGGUAAGGAGAUAUCGGGAAACAAGGAUGAGUUUGUAAGGCUGCAGACAGAGUUACUGAACAGGCUGAAGGACAUUGCGGCGGCUGGUGGGCCGAACAGGAAGUACGCUCAGGGCGAGGGGAAUGGUUCGGCUUCAUCGGGUUUCAACAGAUUCUACGGAAGUGCGCAAUGUACACCGGACUUGUCCGAAUUCGAAUGUGACAGCUGCCUGGUUUCUGGUUUUCAGAACAUCCAGCAGUGUUGUGAUGGCCAAACCGGUAUGAGGUGGUUUUGUCCUACCUGUAACUUCCGGUUCGAGACAUCACGGUUCUACGAGCUCGAGUCUAAUCUCGAGCCUGAUCCUCCGUCGCCGUCUCCAUCGAACCAGACACCAGCUAAGCAGCCAGCCACUUCGAACAAGACAACAGAAAAGGGCAAAGGUUCAUCUAGAAUCCUCGUAGCUAUCCUCGUUCCAGUCGCUUUUGUUACUGUAAUCGUCGCUUGCAUCUGCUUGUUCUUGAAGAGGAAGAAGAAAAAGGCGCCGGGAGUGAGAACGGAAGAUGCAGAGGAUGAGCUUGCAAAGAGAGAGUCAUUGCAACUCGAUUUCGAGACUUUAAAGGCAGCAACUGAUAACUUCUCUCCCGACAACGAGCUCGGACGGGGUGGAUUUGGCUCGGUUUAUAAGGGUGUUCUCAGCAAUGGACAAGAAAUCGCGGUGAAGAGGUUGUCAGGAAACUCGGGACAAGGAGACGGUGAAUUCAAGAACGAGGUUUUGCUAGUCCUCAGGCUUCAACAUCGGAAUCUCGUCAGGCUUCUAGGUUUCUGCUUGGAAGGACAAGAAAGGAUCCUCGUAUACGAGUUCAUCAAGAACGCAAGCCUCGACCACUUCUUAUUCGAUCCCGAGAGGCGUCGGUUAUUGGAUUGGGUAUUACGGUACAAGAUGAUAGGAGGGAUUGCUCGAGGGCUUCUUUACCUUCACGAGGAUUCACGUUACCGCAUAAUACACCGUGAUCUCAAGGCGAGCAAUAUUCUCUUGGACGAAGAGAUGAAUCCUAAAAUUGCGGAUUUUGGAUUGGCCAAACUGUUUGACACAGAUCAAACGACGCAUAGGUUCACAAACAGGAUCGCAGGAACAUACGGAUAUAUGGCUCCGGAAUACGCAAUGCACGGGCAAAUCUCCGCGAAAACAGACGUGUUUAGCUUCGGAGUGUUGGUUCUCGAGAUCAUUUCUGGCAAGAGAAAUAACGAGCCUCAAGACGGGGAAUGUCCAGAAUAUCUCCUCACUUAUGCGUGGAGGAACUGGAGAGAAGACUCGGCCUUCGACAUUAUCGACCCGAGCUUGGCGAAAACCGGUCCAAGAAACGAAAUCUUGAGGUGCAUACACAUCGGACUGCUGUGCGUCGAGGAGAAUUCGGUCAACAGACCGACGAUGGCAUCGGUCGUUCUGAUGCUCAGCAGCUCUUCAUUCACCCUCCCGAUGCCCUCUCGGCCCGCUUUCGUCGUCGUCGGAAACGCUGCGUGGUCGGAUAAUUUAUCGUAUUCGGACCGCGACAACUCGAUCACGACAGGCUCCACUGCUUCAAGAACUGAGAUCUUGCCGCUGUCUCUGAAUGGAGGAGAUGCCUCGUAUACGCAGUUAUCACCACGUUAGUGACUUGAAACUUCAAUCAUAUCUUGUUGGGAUGUUUGUGUUUAAUCUGUAAAGUUUGGGAAUUUUUCUUCUCUGUUACAUUAUGGAAGAAUUGUAUCAUUGUGAUUAUUUUCAGACAAGAACACAUGUAACAUGUCUGAAAGCUCCGGAAUCUCUCUCUCUCGUCCACGUCAUCUUGGUCGAUUGUAUAAGAUUUUUUCUUGUCA